AUGGCAGAUCCUCACAGCAACAGAUCUGCCUCGCCUGAUGUGCAGAUCAUCACCAAGCCAGUCGAUGAAUCAGGCACAGCGGCUCAGAAAGAGCCUGCAAACCCAUACAGCAACCGGCUGGCUCUGCCAUCCUCCUCUAUGUUCAUCAACAGACCUUUCAAGUCACCUCUGCCAGCUAAUGGCACAAUGAGCACGGAUAUGAUGUCGUAUCGCGAUAGAGCGCAAGCGCAAGUGCACAGCUUUCACAAGGCUAUGGGCGUUCCCAUCAAACGGCCAGAGGAUACCCUCGCUCGCGCUUCGUACUCUGUGCCCCAACCAGCCGCAUCUACGUCCAAGACGACGAUAGAUCUCACGAAUGAUCCCAUACCCGAGCUCGACGGCAUGAGACUACAAGACGAGAAUGAGCAGCAUCUUCGCGAGCUUGUCGAGACGCUUUCGGACCUGAACGAUGUCGACAUGUCGCGAGCGCUGCCAGAGGAUAUGACCUGUAAACUGCUGCCACAUCAAGUCCAGGGUGUACAAUGGAUGCGAGCGCAAGAGGAUCGGAAGCUCUACAGAGGAGGUAUCCUGGGCGAUGACAUGGGUCUAGGCAAAACCGUCCAGUCUCUCGCUCUGAUCGUUGGCAACCGUCCAACAGUCAAGCCGCGUGGAACACUCAUCGUUGCACCACUGGCGCUCAUACGCCAAUGGGAGAGCGAGAUCCGCGCAAAGAUCAAGCCGGACACUCUGCGAGUGCUCGUGCAUCACGGACCAAGCAGGACAAGAGACGCGCACAAGAUGGGCAAGUAUCAUGUCGUCAUUACGACCUACGAAGUCGUCUUAAGCGAAUAUGUGCCCGACAGCGAAGAUGUCGAAGUGAGAGCAAUCGCAAGCGAUAGCGACGACAGCGUCAAGAUGGUCAGGACCAAGUCCAAGCGAUCUGGCCCACUCUUCGAGACUGCCUUCCACCGCAUCAUAUUAGACGAAGCGCAUACGAUCAAGAAUAGACUGGCCAAGAAAUCGAAGGCUUGCUUUGAUCUUGUUGCUUCGUUCCGCUGGUGCUUGACCGGAACACCGAUACAGAACAGCAUCGAAGACUUGUACAGCCUCUUCAAGUUCCUGCGCGUCAAGCCACUCGACGAUCUAGCGCACUUCAAAAGCAAAUUCGUCACGCCCAUGAAAGCCAACAAGCAGUCGACUGCAGCUAUGGAGACCGCCAUCAAGCGCAUCCGCGUCGUGUUGGCUGCCGUCAUGCUCCGACGGACAAAGACGUCCCAGAUCGAUGGCAAGCCCAUCAUCACCUUGCCGCAGCGCAUCGUGCAGCUACGGCAGACUCCAUUCACUGACAAGCAAGAGCUCGACUUCUACGUCGCUGUCGAAGAACGCGUCCAGAAGCAGUACAAGCGGCUCGCGAAAGACAGUAGCAACAUCCAGACCGAAUACAUUGCCAUCUUGCAGCUUCUGCUACGUUUGAGGCAGGCCUGUAACCAUCCCAAACUGCUGGGCAAAGCAUUCGAGGACGAUUCGCUUGAGGCCGCGCCUUCUGCUGAGCCUGUCAAGGAUGACAGCGUGGACGACCUGGCCGAUCUGCUCUCGGGAGUCGGGCUCAGCAGCAAAUGCUCAAUUUGUCAAGAGCCAUGCAGAGGACAGAUGUGCUCCAGCUGUCAGCAAGAGAUGGACGAGCAUGGCAAUAUUGGUUCCAGUACAAAGAUGCGCAAACUCGUCCGAAUACUGAGAACGAUUCGAGACCGAAAUCCGAAGCACAAGACCAUCGUCUUCAGUCAGUUCGUCACCUUUCUCGAUCUUGUUGGACCGCACAUAGAGAAGGCUGGCUUCAAAUACGUCAGGUACCAUGGCAGUAUGAACAACACCAAACGCGAAGCCUCGCUUGACAAGAUUCGCAACGAUCCGGAUGUCAGUGUCAUCCUCAUCUCACUCAAGUGUGGCGCUCUGGGCCUUAAUCUGACAGCAUGCUGCAACGUCAUCAUGAGUGACCUCUGGUGGAAUCCAGCAGUCGAAGAGCAAGCUAUCGACCGGGCACACAGAUUCGGUCAGAUCGAAGAUGUCAAUGUGUACAAGCUCGUCAUCGAAGGCACGGUCGAAGAUCGUAUCCUCAAGCUGCAAGACGAUAAGCGUCAGAUUGCUCAAGCUGCGCUCGGCUCAGGCGAUGCGUCAAAGCUCAACAAGCUCAGCGCAAAGGACAUCAUGUAUCUUUUCCGCGGCUGA